UUCUCUUAGCGCUGUCUGAGCAUAAAUUGUGUUUAAACUAGCUAGCAGAGGUCAUUUCUUCGCUUUAAAGAUCACGUGGUACCACGAGGUCAAAGGUAACUGCAAAUUCUUGAAAGUUAAAUUAUAUAAAUCUUUUUUUUUUCAAAUCCAAAAGUUGUAGUUAUCGUUAAUCCGCAUCAAUAAACUAUUUCCUCGUUUUCAUUCAGUUUUACGGUUUAUUUGUCAAAGAUCGUCUAUUCAGAAUGGCUUGGACAGCACUUCACUCGAACGUGAAAAGAUUAGUGGACGUAGUACGCAUGCGCAUGACGCUGAUCAAGUUUUUGAUUUUUCACUGCAAAAUAUAUUAUUUGAGCAUAUUCAACAUAAAUGUAUGUUGUAUAACUAUAUAAGAUAAUUUGUUUGUUUUUGUUUUAUUACCGAUAACAGCUUGGACUAACCGGGAUUCAUUUAUGUGAGUACCUAAACGAUCUUUGGCUACAUAACGUCACCGCGUACGGACGCAAAGCACUCUGGGACCACGCUGUCAUGGCUGCGAAUAUAAACAGAAAAGUUUACCAACCGGCUAGCUGCUAAUACCAGAAGCUAGACGGGCUAAACUGGAUUUUAAUUUAGGACUUUAAGGACUUUUGAAAGAGAAUUUGUGGGUCCUAGGCGGUAAAAUGUCCGGUGGAAACAAAGGCGCUGAGGUUCCGCUGCAGAUGAGGCAGAAUAUAGAUGAGCUUCACAGCUUCAUGAGGGAGCUGGAGAGCUGGGAGGCAGACAUCAAGAAGAAGGACAACGAGCUGAGAACGGGAGGGGUGCAGGAGGUCCAGAAAAAGCUCCCCCCUGUGCGCAACAAGGACUACAGAGCAAAGAUGAAGAAGAAACAGAAGGCCAACAGCCACACCAAAGCAGAGAAGACUGAAGAAGAAGCUUCCAGAAUCAAAUCAUAUGACUAUCGCUCAUGGGACAAGUUUGAUGUGGACAAAGCCCUCACAGAACUGGACAAAGACGAAGGUCCAGAGGAGUCCCACGAGUCUGACUCCGAGGAUGCUGCCGUGGAACCGGAGAAGGCACUGAGCGAAAAAGAAAAGGGGAACGCCUUUUUUAAGGAGGGGAAGUACGACGAUGCCAUCGAGUGCUACACCAGAGGGAUGAAUGCAGAUCCAUCCAAUCCCGUGCUUCCCACAAACAGAGCCAGCGCCUUUUUCCGCCUCAAAAAGUUUGCCGUGGCCGAGUCUGACUGUAACCUGGCCAUCGCUCUGGACGGCCGGUACGUCAAAGCGUUCUGCCGGAGGGGAGCGGCUCGCUUGGCGCUGAAGAAACACGACGCGGCGCUCGAAGACUACCAGACGGCUCUGAAGCUAGAUCCCGGGAACGUGGAGGCGCAGAACGAAGUGAAAAAAAUCCAAGAGGUCCUCGGGCAUCAGGUUAAUGAUGCACGGAGCGAGCAGCAGGAGGCUCCUGCAGGAGAUCCUGAGCAGCAGAAGCUGCUGGAGGAGCAGAGGAGGAGGCAGGAGGCCGUUCUGCACAAAGACAGGGGGAACGCCUACUUCAAAGAGGGGAGGUACGAAGCGGCCGUGGAGUGCUACACCAAAGGAAUGGAGGCUGACUGCAUGAACGUCCUUCUUCCUGCAAACCGAGCCAUGGCGUUCCUGAAGCUGGAGAGGUUCAAGGAGGCAGAGGAAGACUGCAGCACAGCCAUCUCCCUGGACAGCAGCUACUCCAAGGCCUUUGCUCGCCGCGGCACGGCCAGAGCGGCGCUGCGGAAACUGCCGGAGGCCAAACUAGAUUUUGAGCAGCUGCUGAGACUGGAACCAGGGAACAAGCAGGCGCUGAACGAACUCCAGAAACUCCAGAGCGAGUUGGAUCUUCCUCAAGCAGUCGAAGGAUUCCAGAGAACAGUGGAGCCCAUCGACAAACCAGAACAUCUGCGCUCAACGAAGCCUCUGAGGAGGAUCAACAUCGAGGAGGUGGGCGGAGUCUCUGCACAGACAGCAGCUGAGUCCAAGUCCUCCAUCCAGGAGGUGGUGAAGGACUCCAGAGACGGAUCAUCUCCCCUCUCAACGUCCCCCAUCGCCAAGAUCAUCAAAAUAGAGGAGAUCCUGGACGCCUCCACCUCCGAGUCCAGCCGAUCUGACAUCAAACCACCACCGGAGGACGCCGUUCACCUUCAACCAGCAACCGCCCCCCCCUCAGAGCCAGACCUGCCUCCUCCACCCACCAGCAGCUUCCAGCUGGAGUCCGACCUUCGGAAGAUGAGAGGGCAGCCCCACGCCGUUUACAGAUAUUUACGGCAAAUCCAGCCUGAAGCGUACGGGAAGAUUUUCCACAACUCCCUUGAACCGGACCUCCUCAACCAGAUCCUGGAAACGCUGCACCACUUCUUCAUCCCGAAGGAGCCUCCGGCCGUCACACUGGAGACCCUGAGCAGCCUGGCCGGCGUGAGGCGCUUCGACAUGGCGGUAAUGUUCAUGUCGUCCUCGGAGAAGAAAGUGAUCACAGAGCUCUUUGACUUCCUGCUGCAGUCACAGCUGGACCAAACAUCUGUGGAGGCCUUGAAGAAGAAAUACGGAGUGUGACGCUUGAAAACACUUAACCGUUAUGUUAGUUUUCUCCACACCAGAAAUUCACUCAAAUAUCAAUAAAUUGUGUUUUAUUAACAGCGAUCCAAACAGGAAAGCCUCAACUGAUUUGGUCUCUUUAAGUUUUUCUGAAUUACUGAGCAAGUGUUGAAUGUGAACUGAGAGCAUACAUCUGAAGCUGUUCUACAGUCAGAAAUGGUGUUGCUGAGCAGACUGUAAGCUCCCUAAAACCUCCAGGCAUCAGUGAUUCAUCUGCAGAAGUUCCUCUAAUAAAGCUGCAUUUUGUAUUUC